AUGAGUUCCAUGUUCAAGAAGAAAGGCGGGCCUGCCUUCAAGCCCAAGAUUCCCUCGGCGCGGCCCAGAGUCCCCUCGUCCUCCGCGCCAAAGCCUGUUGACCGACGGCCGUCUAUCGAUGCACCCGCCGAAGCAUUGCCUCACGAAUUACCCGACAGUCUCGAGACAGCCUCGCAGCCGCCGCCUUCCGAGCGACCUCCAUCCCCGGAAAAACAGAAACGGACCUCAAAAAGCGACACAGAACCGUCUCAACCUCCACAAGAGCCGGUCAUUGCUGCGAAAGUGCUACCGCAGUCACAUGAACAGCCACGGCGAGCCUCGACAUCGAGGGCCGCACCGGAUGCGCAGGAACAGGCGAGCGCUCCGCCGAGCAAGAUACCCACAGAAGCCGAACCUCUGUUGCCCUCCAUCGAGACAGGACGCGGGGCAACCGAACAAGCGCCUACACCUACAUCCCCUUCCCAAAUCGACACCAUUCAAGAGACCUCCGCAGGUUCCUCCAUAGAAGCGCAAAGCCUGCCCCCCCCUGUCUCAACCACACCUGCCGCGGCGCCGGUCGUCGAAGCCCGUGCGCAACCUGAUCGGUCUGAGCCCGCGCCACCGUCGAAACCUGCUACAAAAGCGGCGGGCAAGGGGAGAACCCCAGCCGCCACAACACAACCGCCGGAUGGCGACGAGGCCGAAAACGCGAGGCCAAAGAAGCGUCAACGCAAAGCCUCACAACAAAGCGGAGAUUCGGCGCCGCCGAAGCCCCGGAAACGCCAGGCCAGCUCGUCGACCGGAGAUGGCUCGGAGACGAAACCCAGGCCGAGGAGAGCCCGAUCCCUCACGCCAGAAGACGCGGAAAGCCAGUUGGUUGACUUACAACAGCUUAGAAUGGCGGACUUGACCAAGGACCUGCGCAUUGGCAAAAAGUUCAGCCGACACGAUGAACUAAGAGAGCGCGAACGACAGGCCCGUCUCAAGGCUAAGCUGGGCAAGGAUGGCGAUCAGACAGAGAGGGAAGGGUCAGCCUCAGCGUCCCCCAUGCCCGACGGACGGACAAAGAAGAGCGCCACGCCGGGUGGCUCCUCGACCCCGGCACCGGCCUCGGGCCCUCAGUUCCGCAUCGUCGACGGUCAGAUUGUCGUCGACCAGAGCUCGCUGGUCAUGGAUCGACACGCACGCGCCGCUGCGGCGCAAGCCGGAGAGGACAUGGAGACGAUCGAAGAGAACGACUUUACACGAUUGAUUACUAGCAGUUCAUUCAUGAACACGUCGAAGCUCAAGGGCCCCAACAUCUGGACAGACCAGGAGACGGAACUGUUCUACCGGGGGCUACGCAUGUUUGGCACCGAGUUCGAGAUGAUCUCCAAGAUGUUCCCCGGCAAGCAGCGCCGCCACGUCAAGCUCAAGUUCAACCGCGAGGAGCGCCACAACCCGAAGCGCAUCGACGCGGCGCUCAUUGGCGAGAAGACGAUCAAGAUGGACAUUGCCGAGUACAAGGCCUUCACGGGCGCUGAAUACGAGUCCGUCGAGACCAUCGAGGCGGAGCAGCGCAAGAUUCAGGAGGGGUACGAGGCCGAGCGGCAGCGCAUCGCCGACGAGCAGGAGGAGAUUAUGCGCAAGAAGCGCGAGGAGCUGUUUGCGGACGAGGACGGCGACGAGAUGGGCGGCAAGAAGAAGAAGGGCAAGAAGAAGGGCAAGCAGGCCAUCCAGUACGGGCUGAACGGUGAGCCCAUUACUCAAGACGCUUAG